AUGGCAGCAUUGCAGCACACGUCGCCCUCCGUGUCUGGUGAGUGUGUCAGGGAAGUCCACACGACUGACAGUGCCAAAGUCACACUGACCGGCUCGCACUUCAGCUCAAUGAUCGCCAAGUGUGCGUGCUUUACUACAAGGAGGAUUUAUUUACAAGGAACGUCAAGUCUUCAUGUCAUGAGGAGAAUAUUGAAGAGACCGCUCGGCCAAUAUUACCACCAGGUCUGGCUGGCCAAUGCCGAGGCCGCCAUGGACGGCUGGUGGCGGUAG